CACACGCGGAGAAGGAAGCCGACUCACGGCCCUGGGCUGCCGGUGCGGGCGCCUCGGCACGUCCGCAGGUUCCACCGGGCGGUGGCGGCUGCUGAGAGGCUGGAGAACCGAGGGCGGGCCUGGGAGGCGGCCGGGAGGUGGGGCGUCGGCGGGGGCCGGCGCUCGCUGGCUUCAUCUGCGGACGCACGGCCUGCGCCCGAGUGCUGAGUUCUCCGAGGUGCAAGGCGACGAGCGGCAACAGCGGCUAUGGGCAGCCACUGGGGCUUCCUGAUCGGCCUCCUGGGAGCCGUGUGGCUGCUCCGCUCGGGCCACGGCGAGCAGCAGACCCCAGAGACGGCGGCGCAGAGGUGCUUCUGUCAGGUUAGUGGAUACCUGGAUGAUUGUACCUGUGAUGUUGAAACCAUCGAUAAAUUUAAUAACUACAGGCUUUUCCCAAGACUACAAACACUUCUUGAGAGUGAUUACUUUAGAUAUUACAAGGUAUUUCGUGUUUCAUAUGCGUAUGAGGAAUAUGUUCUUACCGUGCUUUUGGAAAAAAACAUACAGUCUCCCGAUGCUGAAUAUGUAGAUUUGCUCCUUAAUCCUGAGCGCUACACGGGAUACAAGGGACCAGAUGCUUGGAGGAUCUGGAAUGUCAUUUAUGAAGAAAACUGCUUUAAGCCACAGACAAUUAAAAGACCUUUAAAUCCUUUGGCUUCUAGUCAAGGGAAAAGUGAACAAAACACCUUUUACAGUUGGCUAGAAGGCCUCUGUGUAGAAAAAAGAGCAUUCUACAGACUUAUAUCUGGCCUACAUGCAAGCAUUAAUGUGCAUUUGAGUGCACGAUAUCUUCUACAAGAUACGUGGUUGGAAAAGAAAUGGGGACACAACAUUACAGAAUUUCUGCAGCGGUUCGAUGGAAUUUUGACUAAGGGAGAAGGUCCAAGAAGGCUUAAGAACUUGUAUUUUAUCUAUUUAAUAGAAUUAAGGGCUUUAUCUAAAGUGGUACCAUUCUUUGAACGCCCAGAUUUUCAGCUCUUCACUGGAAAUAAAGUUCAGGAUGCAGAAAACAAAAUGUUACUUCUGGAAAUACUUCAUGAAAUCAAGUCAUUUCCUUUGCAUUUUGAUGAGAAUUCACUUUUUGCUGGGGAUAAAAAAGAAGCAAACAAAUUAAAGGAGGAGUUUCGACUGCAUUUUAGAAAUAUUUCAAGAAUCAUGGAUUGUGUCGGUUGCUUUAAAUGUAGGCUGUGGGGAAAGCUUCAGACUCAGGGUUUGGGUACUGCUCUGAAGAUCUUGUUUUCUGAAAAACUGAUAGCAAAUAUGCCAGAAAGUGGACCCAGUUAUGAAUUUCAUCUAACCAGACAAGAGAUAGUAUCAUUAUUUAAUGCAUUUGGAAGAAUUUCUACAAGCGUGAAAGAAUUAGAAAACUUCAGGAACUUGUUACAAAAUAUUCAUUAAAGAAAACAAGUUGAAAUGUGCCUGUUUCUGGACAAUGGAGGUCAAAGAGUGGAAUUUUAUUCAAAGGCAUAACAACAAUGACAGUCUUAAGGCAAAUGUUUUACAUAAAGCUGCUUUUGUAAAAGAAGAAUUAAAGUUUUAAGUAAACAAUUUUUAAAAUGUGUUAAGUCUAUACAUAAUAUUAUUGUGAGUAAAAGUAAUACUCUUACAAAGUGGUACAAAUUUUAAAGUUUAAUAUUGAAUAAAAUCAGGAUUAUUAAAUUCAUAUAUAGUAAAACUAAGUAAGUGAUGUUUUAAGUCUCUCAAACUAGAAUUUUGUGUAAGAAGAUGUAAUAUAAGUAAAACUAUGGCCAAUGUGACAAGUGUUUAAUAGAAAAAUGCUAAGGAGGUGUACGAAUAACCCAUAAUUAACAGCCUAAAAAUUUUCAGUACAUUUAGAGUUAACAGAUUUUGUAAAUAAAAACACAGAAUGUCCAGCUAAAUUUGAAUUUGAGAUAAACAAGUAGUUUGUAGUAUACAUAUGUUGCAUGCAAUAUUUAAGACCUACUUAUACCAAAAAAUUAUUCCUUAUUUAAAAUUCAAAUUUAACUGGGAGUCCUAUGUUUUUAUCUGGCAACCCUAAAAUACAUUGGUAUAAAACAAAUCACUUUUAGAAUUAUAUUGCUAUUUUGAUUAGCUUGUUUUGAUGUGCAGAAAGAUACAAUAACAACUGAAAGGCAUAGGUGAUUUCUGAACUUUGUAAAAAGUUUAAUAAAUUUAUAUAUUUAUUCUGAUAAUACUUUACUUAAUACUGAAUAAAAUUUGGGGAAAACUUUUUAUUUUUAUAUAAUUUCAACUUUACAGAAAUGUUUCCAGCUCAGUACAAAGAAUUCUUUUACCCAGGUUCAGUAAGUGUUCAUACUUGCUUUAUCUUUCAUGCUGUCUGUGAAUAUAUGCACAUAUUAUUUUUUCCUCAGUCAUUUGAAAGUCAGUUACAGGCAUCAAGCCCUUUUAACCCUAAAUACUUCAGUGUAUAAUACCGAAUAAUUUAUUAAAAAUGAUUUUUCAGAAAAAAAUGUAGAAUUGUAAUACGAUAAGCCUUAGGAUAAGGAAUCAUUUCGAGUUCCAAUCUGACGUUCUUUUUGAGUUCUGUUGCCCCUUUAAUCCUUGAUCUGUAUAGUUAUAGGGCACAUAAUUUUUGUUUUUUACACGAGAUUUAUUUCUUUUUCCUCCCUAAAACUAAACUGUAAUUUUGGAAGGUUUUCAUUAGUGGAAGCUCUUCAAUCAUAAAAAUCUUUUAAGGGGUUUAGGAAUUUAUGUCACAUAGUAAUUGCAGGAUAAAAAGAAACUGUAUACCUCAAAAUCAUGUGCCUCUUUGUAUGUCUUAGCAGGUAUAAUGUGUUGAGAUGUUGCCUUAUUAAGAAAGCAGGGUUUACUUAUAUAAUGGUUCAGAAAUGUCAUUUUACACUGCUGUAUAUUUUUUCUUCUGUGUCCCUAAGGCCUGGUAUAAUGCCAAGUGUAUAGUGGGUGUCCAAAAAAUAUUUGUUCAAUGAAUGUAUGAAUAUAUAUUCAGUAUACGUUAAAUGAAUAAUCACAGAGCUCAGUUGAACAAUAUGUGUUGUAUUUCCCUUUUUCCCCUUUAUUUGAAUAGGGCAGGAAAAAAAGACAUUAACCUAUUAAGUUAAUCUUCUUGAUGACUCAAAGGACUGUGAAGUGAGCACCAUACAUAAAAGUUUAAGGACAUUUGUAGUACUCUGAAAAUAGGAUAGAUGGGUUUAAAUGGUAAUUUUGUCUGUAUACCUCUCUCUCAUGCCCCCACCCUUUUUUUAACAGCCAAUUUUUGGGAAAGAAUAUUCCUGUCUUCACUUUGUCAUCUCCUACUCACUCCUUAACUGAAAUCUGGCUUUUGGCUCCGUGGUUCUUAACAAUCUCUUCCUUUGAAGUCUAAAAUCCCAGUUCUAAAUCCACAGUUCAUUUCAUAAGGCAUUUCUUAUUUGACCUUUUUUUCUGCAUUUGACACUAUUACAGCCCUUUCUUUAAAAAUCGUCCCCCCCUUGCCCCCAUUUCCUUAUAUUUCAGUAGGUCCUGGAUGUCUCCUUUUUAACAUCUUUUCCUUUAUGCCUUAAAGGUUAUUCCUCAGGCUUUCAUUCUUGCUCUCUUAAUCACCACCCCUUCUCACUUUUGGGUAACUCCCAAUUCAAUGAUUUCGAAACCCUUAUCUCUAGCCCGGACUUCUCAAUCCAUCUGUCUGCUACACAUCUUUACUUGGUUGUCCCAUGGAUACCUGUGUUUUAAAACAACCAUUCUUCCCAAAAUCUACUCUUAUGCCUACGUUCCUUCCUCUGGUUAAAUUCAGAACCAUCAGCAUCUGAAUCCUCUAGGCUCACUCCUCUCCUCCAUCUCCUUCCUAACCAGUCACGGCCUGAAUGCUCCGGAUUUCAUCUCCAUAUCUCUGAUACAUGACUGUCUUUUCAUUUUCAUUGCUCUUACCUAAACUACUAAUGAACCUGUCUCCUUAUACCCAGCCUGUCUCCUGUCUUUUGCUCCACAAUGCUACCAGAGUGGGUUUUCUAGAAGCACUGUCACUGUAACAUGGUCCUCUGAUGUGUGUCUCCCAGUCCCAUCUCCUCCACCCUCCAUGUUCCGAUAAGAUGGGCUCGCAGUUCAAAUGCACCAUGGUCAGGCCUCCACACCUUGGUGCAUGCUGUUCUCUUUGCAUCCAGUGCCCACCUGUAAAGUUUCUAUGUAUCCUUGCAGGCCCAGCAUAAAGCAUCACCUCUGUGAAAUCUCCCUUGUUCCAUGUAAGGAGGACCAUAUCGAACUUCCUUUUUUUGUCUCACCACUGUAAUAACAACCUACCUCUACUGUGUAACAUAUUGUACUGUAUUGUUUUUGUUUUUUAAAGCCUCCUUCACUAGAAUGUGAGCUCAUUAAGGGCAGAAGGAACUUUAUCCCUUUUAGCAUCUCCACAGCAUAGUUUUUGGCAUAUGAACACUUAAUAAAUGUUGUUGAAUAAAUUGCCUUUUAAAUGAC